CUGGCCGCCAUAUAGCCAAUCUAAUAGGCAGAGAAUUGAUACCGAGUAUUGGGGAUAUAAGCUUGUUGCAGGAUUUGACUUUCCUUGCUAUCUCGUGGACUAGGAGCUUUCAGCUCCCCACUCAACAUAAACGACCCUACCCGACUAAGUACACGGGUUCCGAACCGAUCGAAAGAACUCCACUGAAGAACACUGAUUCUUUCGCUUGGCUCGAAAGGGUGUCGUAAAAAGUGCGGUUUGUUCAUGUGAACUUGUUUCCUGACGAUAUCUUGAGCUGUUGAAAGUCCUUGAUCAACCUUCCUCCAGCCCUUCAGACAGCAGGAAACACCAUUGAGUGUCUACCAAGAUGCCUUCCGCGAUUAACAAUGGGCCUCGGGCUCCUAUUGCCAUUAUUGGCAUGUCGUGUCGAUUUCCCGGUGAUGCGGAAAACCCUUCAAAGUUCUGGGAACUGUUGAAAGAGGGGCGAGAAGCCUACUCGGCAAAAACACAUCGAUACAAUGAGGAAGCUUUCUAUCAUCCUGGAGGUCAGUUCAACAACAAACGGCAAAAUGUUUUACCAGUAAAGGGAGGAUAUAUGCUGAAGCAAGACCCGUACGUCUUCGAUGCCGCCUUCUUUAAUAUUACCGCCGCAGAGGCGAUUUCAUUCGAUCCUAAGCAGCGGAUUGCAAUGGAAGUCACAUACGAAGCCUUUGAAAAUGGUGGUAUAACGCUUCAAGCAGCCGCUGGAACUAAGACUGCAUGCUACAUUGGAACAUCAAUGAGUGACUAUAGAGAUUCCAUUGUCAGGGAUUUCGGGAACUACCCAAAAUAUCACCUACUUGGUACCAGUGACGAGAUGAUCUCAAAUCGAAUUUCUCACUUCUUCGACCUCCGUGGUCCCAGCGCCACAAUUGAGACCGCCUGUUCCUCAAGUCAUGUCGCAACUCAUAUUGCCUGCCAAAGCAUACAAAGCGGUGAAUCAGAUAUGGCGGUUGUUGGUGGCAUUGGGAUGCUGCUUGUACCUGAAAGCACAAUGCAACUGAACAACCUUGGCUUCCUCAGUCCAUUUGGGCAAUCCCGAGCGUUCGAUGCAUCGGGAGCAGGCUACGGCCGCGGAGAAGGCUGUGGCAUUUUUAUCUUGAAAAGACUAGAUAAAGCUUUGGAAGAUGGGAACAACAUUCGGGCCAUCAUUCGUGGGACAGGUGUAAACUCAGAUGGGUGGACACAGGGCGUAACGAUGCCCUCAGGAGAUGCACAAGCUUCAUUGAUCGAGUAUGUGUAUAAGUCAAACGGACUUGACUACAGUGACACACAGUACGUCGAGGCUCACGGUACAGGAACAAAAGUAGGCGAUCCGACGGAGGCUGAAGCACUACAUCGCACUAUCGGACAACCUACACUAAAGCGCGAGAAGUUAUGGAUGGGUAGUGUAAAGACGAACAUAGGCCAUCUUGAGGCUGCUGCAGGAGCGGCGAGCGUGGUUAAGGGAGUUCUGGCAAUGGAACACGGUUUAAUACCACCGACUCUCCAUUUCAAAGACCCCAACCCGGCUAUCAAGUUUGACGAGUGGAAACUAGAUGUGCCGACAAAGUUGAUGCCCUGGCCUGUUUGUCAGACAAAGCGAAUGAGCACGAGCGCUUUCGGUAUGGGUGGCACCAACGCUCAUAUUGUGCUAGAGAAACCAAACCAACAAGUAAUUUCGGAAAAAGGCCACAAUCCUGUCAUCAAAAAGAGACUUUUCGUCUUCAGUAGUCAUGACCAGGCUGGCUUCAAGCGUAUUGGUAACAGACUCAUCGAACAUCUGGAUCACCUUGGUGUCAAAUCAUCAGGCGCAGAGUACCUGGCUAACCUCGCACAUACUCUUGCAGUCGGACGGUCAGGUCUUACAUGGAAAACCUCGUGUUUCGCAGAGAGCACAGCUGAGUUGCGAGAGCACUUGACCAAUCGUAUUGGAGAAGAUGCUGUGCGUACUACAGCCGGUGAAAGGCCUCGUAUUGGUUUUGUUUUCACUGGUCAAGGUGCACAAUGGGCUCGAAUGGGGCUUGAAUUGAUGGAACGCAAGGUUUUCGGUGACUCUGUAGCCACGUCUGUCGAGUACCUAAAACAGAUGGGUUGUAAGUGGGAUCCCAUUGUCGAACUAUCCAAAGCGCAGAAAGAGUCUCAACUAGCGAAACCUGAAAUAAGCCAAGCAAUUUGUACAGUUUUACAAAUUGCUCUGGUAGACGAGCUACGGUCUUGGGGCGUUAGACCAAGCAAAGUAGUUGGUCAUUCCAGUGGUGAGAUUGCGGCAGCAUACUGCAUGGGUGCUCUUACACACAGAGAUGCGCUUGCUGCAGCUUACUAUCGGGGCAAGGCUUCCUCUGGCAUCAAUAGCCAUGGAGGCAUGAUGGCCGUCGGAACCGGCCAGGAAGAUGCCAAGAAGAUGAUUGCAGAAGUGAAGGCGCAAGCUACUGUUGCCUGUGUUAAUUCACCAAAUAGUAUUACCCUGUCUGGAGAUGUGGACGCACUCGAGACUCUUGCGGAGAUCUUUGAGAAGCGAGGCACUUUUGCUAGAAAGCUCAAAGUUGAUGUGGCUUACCACUCUUCACACAUGCGGUCUUGUUGUGCGGGCUAUCAAUCGGACAUUAUGCACCUAGAAACCCAAGACGUAGAUGAGCAGGAUGAGUCAGAAGAUGCCAUCUGCAUGGUAUCCAGUGUCACUGGCAGCUUGAUCGACGCUGAAGCGUUGGGUCCAUACUACUGGAUCCGUAACUUGAUCUCUCCUGUUCUUUUUUCUGAUGCUGUAAAAGAGUUGAUAUCCCCUGCCGACGGUGAUGGUGGCAACACUGUCGAUAUGCUGGUUGAAAUCGGUCCUCAUAGUGCUCUGAGAGGGCCGAUUGAGCAAAUACUAUCUUAUAAUGGCAUCAAGGGUAUUGAAUAUGCGUCGAUGCUCACACGCGGAGAGUCUGCAAUAGAAACAAGCUUGAGUCUUGCUGCUGAGCUGUUUCGUCGAGGCCUGACACUGGAUAUUGCCAAGGUCAAUGACGACUCUCAUUGCCGUCUCCUGACGGAUCUACCGCCAUACCCGUUCAACCACACUCAAACGUUUCGAGCUGAAUCACGCCUUCAGCGUGAGACUCUCACCCAGAAAAACCCUACCAAAAGUAUUAUUGGCGCUGAGAGACCAAGCAUGGACGAGCACGAGCGAGUCUGGCGUGGUUUUAUCAAUCUUGAUGACGAACCCUGGAUACGCGACCAUACAGUUGGCUCUACGGUCCUUUUUCCCGGCGCUGGUGUAGUCAGUAUCGCUCUUGAAGCAGCUCAGCAGAUGAUUGAGAAGGGGAAGGUGGCCCGUUCUUUCGCAUUACGUGAUGUUUCCUUCAUGGCUAUGAUGGCACUUUCGGAGAGCACCCCAACUGAAAUCAUAACUCAUGUUCGGCCACACCUGGUCGCUACAACUGGAACUACACCAGCAACUUGGUGGGAGUUUACGGUCUCUUCGUGUACCGGUGCUACUGGCCAUGUGCGAAAUAAUUGUCGUGGUUUGUUUUCGAUCAAUUAUGAGGACUCACGUAGCUCACACAUGGAGCGGGAGAUUCGUAGCCUUGAAGCCAAUCGCGUGGCGGAUUAUCACCAAAUUAUAAAAGAAUGUCCAGAGAAAAUAUCCAAAAAAGCAUUCUAUAAUACUCUGGCCAGGUCAGCCCUCGCAUAUGGUCCUCACUUCCAGGGAGUUGAAAACUGCCGUCCUGGCAACGGCAAGACGACUUUUGAUAUCGAGAUCAUCGACCUUGGAGAGACCUUUAGCAAGGACAAACUAACACGACCGUUCCUUAUACAUGGCGCAGCGCUUGAUGCUAUAUUCCAAGCAUGGGUGGGAAGCACGAAAGAUGCCAACGGAACUGGCAGUUUUGGGUUCGACAAGCCUUUGCUGCCCAAGAGCAUUGGGGAACUUGAAAUCUCUGCCACUUUUCCCAGUGAGGUUGGCUAUACUAUGCCCGGUCUCAGUCACUCCAGAAAGCAUGGCUUCAGUGAAUGGUCUGCUGAUAUCACUAUGUUUGACAAGGAAGUGUCAAAAGUAUUCCUUUCGGUUAACGAAUUUCGUCUGGCCGAACUCGAAGUGGAAGAUUCAGACAAGCCGGAUAUGGGAGAUGGUGCUGACGUUGAUCCAGCCGAGAUAGCUUCUGAAGUCAGGUGGAACUACGCCCUGGAUUUGAUGAGUUCACAAGAGAUUAAUAAUGUUGUCGAAAGAAUUUCUGGCUGCUCACGAGAUAAACUGAAUCAUCUUAUCGCCAUGGCAGUUCAUCAGCGUCCGAAUCUUGACAUAAUUGAGCUGAUUGGGGAUGCUCAUCAGCUUGCUCAUACAGCCGUAUCCAGACUUCCCAAAGGCACUCUCCUGCCAAGCCAAGUUCGCUAUGCCAUGACCAACGACGUCGAUAAUGAAGACAUUGGCGGCAAUGUCUUCGGUCAUCCUUUUGCUCUUGGUACCUCCGAUACUGCCCUUGCCGACGAUGUUGUACCUGCUGAUUUGAUCAUCGCUGCAUCAAAUAUCGACAACCUGGAAGAUGUUGUAGAGAGAGUCAGUCGUCUCGCUAAGCCCGAGGCAAUGAUACUUAUUCUUGCCGAUGCUAAAGUUCAGCCAAGUUUGCCUUCAUUCAUAGAGAAGGGGUUUGGCCUUGUUUUCAGUACGCAAGCGGACGCUGAUUCGCUUGCACUCUACCAUUUCGGUAAAGUAGAAGAGGCACAACCAGCACGUCUCACAAACGGUUCAACCGGGCAAGAGGUGGUUAUAAUUGAGUCCCCUCACCCUUCAGUAAAGGCGACAUCCUUUUCCAAGGGCCUUCAAGAUGCACUUAGUGACGUUGGAUACAAUGUGUCCAUAGUAACUGGUGUCAACAGAGCUCGUACUGCUGAGGCCAAUGUCUACGUGUCCCUCUUGGAGCUUGAACAACCUGUGCUGGAACAGCUCUCUGAAUCCGACUUUCAAAGUCUCCGUGAUUUGUUGUUGAAUUGUGAGCGCCUUUUGUGGAUUACGCGUGGCGACAACCCAUCUCUAGCACUUGUUGAUGGCUUCUCAAGAACUAUCAGGAGUGAAUUCGCAGGUGUUAGCUUCCAAGUACUGCAUCUAAGCAGCGACGAAAUACAGCAAGGUCCCUCGUUGGCUGCACAGAUCCUCUUCAAACCAAGUGCAGAUAGCGAGUUCAGGGAGCGCGGCGGAAUUUUGCAAGUCUCUCGAUUUUACAGAAGUCUUGAAGAAGAUGAUCAUAUCCGCUACCAUCUUCUCGACUCCACUCGAGUCAGGAGCCUGCCGGUUAAUGAGACUGACAAGGACAGCACUGCCUUCCGUCUUACUGUCGGAAAACCGGGACUUUUGAAUACGCUGCACUUUGUCCCUGAUGGAACUAUGGAGACUCUGCUUGCUGAGAAUGAAGUUGAGAUUCAGGUGAAAGCUAGCGGUAUCAACUUCCGUGACAUCAUGGGUUCCAUGGGUCUUCUCCCAGUGUCAGGUAUUGGACAGGAAGCAAGCGGUGUCGUCAUAAGAUCGGGAAAACUAGGUGCCCAGACGCUGAAACCUGGAGACCGUAUCAGCACACUGACAGUGGGAGGAACACACGCGACUAAGAUUCGCUGUGAUUAUCGUGUUGCAAAGAAGAUCCCUGACGUAAUGUCGUUUGAAGAUGCAGCAGGGAUUCCCGUCACAUAUUGCACGGCAUAUUACGCACUCGUCAAAUUAGCAAAGCUUCGCGAAGGCCAGUCUGUGCUAAUCCAUGCCGCGGCUGGUGGUACCGGACAAGCUGCUCUGCAGUUAGCGAAGCACCUCGGUCUAGUCAUCUAUGCUACAGUAGGUACUGACAUCAAACGUACUCUUAUCAAAGAGAGAUAUGGUAUCCCCGACGAGAACAUUUUCUACUCGCGGGACAGCAGUUUCGUCAAAGGCAUUCACCGGGCAACUAACGGCCGUGGGGUUGAUUGCGUCCUCAAUUCCCUGUCUGGCGAGCUCUUGCGACUGUCGUGGGGGUGCCUUGCCACCUUCGGCACUUUCAUCGAGAUUGGUCUACGCGACAUUACUGAUAAUAUGCGUCUUGAUAUGAGGCCAUUUUCAAAGAGCGCAACAUUCAGCUUCAUCAAUAUGGUUACUUUGCUUCAAGAGAACCCAGACGCCAUGGGAGAGAUUUUAGAGACAGUAUUCGACCUGAUACAGAGAAAUGCCCUGCAACCAGCCUAUCCAGUUACCGUCUACCCCGUUGGCAAGGUGGAAGAAGCGUUCCGUAUCAUGCAGCAAGGUAAGCACCUAGGAAAAAUGAUCCUAUCGUUCCCCGCAGAUGACGCCAAGGCACCGGUUCUAUGCAGAGCCAAAGAUUCGCUAAGGCUUGAUGCCAAUGCAACAUACCUCUUCAUUGGGGGUCUAGGUGGUCUAGGUCGCAGUUUGGCAGUUGAACUUGUGGCAUGUGGAGCCAAAAGCAUAGCCUUCCUCUCACGAUCUGGUGAUUCAAAGCCCGAAGCAAAGGCAGUUGUCGGCGAGUUGAAAGGAUAUGGUAUUCAAGUCAUGGUUUACCGUGGAGAUGUCUCUGAUCAAGCGUCGUUCCUUGCUGCCAUGAAGCAGUGCUCACAGGAGCUGCCACCGGUGAAGGGGGUGAUUCAAAUGGCCAUGGUGCUCCGCGACGUGGUGUUUGAGAAGAUGACAUACCAUGACUGGAUGACUGGCCUAGCACCCAAGGUGCAAGGUACCUACAACCUACACACCUACUUUGAUAAGGAGCGCCCACUUGACUUCAUGAUAUUCUUCUCCUCUAUUGCUGGCAUCUUUGGCAAUCCGAGUCAGGCUCAGUAUGCUGCAGGUAAUACAUAUCAGGAUGCACUUGCAAAAUUCCGACGUGAUCAAGGGCUCAAGGCUGUUUCUGUCAACUUAGGUAUCAUGCGCGAUGUAGGCGUUAUUGCAGAGGGCGACUCACAUUUCAUGCAACAAUGGGAAGAAGUACUCGGUAUCCGUGAACCUGCCUUCCAUGCUCUCAUCAAGAGCCUAAUUAACGGCCAAUCGCAACUCGGAAGCGCUCGAGAGGCUGCGCAGUGCCCUUCCCAGGUAACUGUUGGCCUGGGUACUAGUGAUAUUAUAACUAGAAAUAAGAUUAAGGAGCCGAAUUACUUCAGUGACCCGCGUUUCGGGCCGCUAGCAGUCAGUAGCGUCACUGUCACAUCAGAUGUUGCCUCGGGAGACACGGCUGUUUCUCUAUCAUCCAAACUAUCCAGCUUGAGCAACGACACAGAUUCGGCAGCAGCAGGAGCUAUUAUUACUGAAGCUCUAGUAGCUAAGUUGGCCAAGAUUCUUCAAGUGCCGCCUAGCGAAAUUGACUCUAGCCGGCCCAUGUACCGUUACGGCGUGGACUCUCUCGUGGCUUUAGAGGUGAGAAACUGGAUUACGAAAGAGAUGAGUGCUAAUAUAACACUGCUGGAAAUUCUCGGUGCGAUGCCUAUGGAACAAUUUGCAGUACUGAUUGCGAAGAAGAGUAAACUGCUGAACGGAAUUUCGGCUUGAGCCUAGUUGAGACCCUUUUAGCCUUGAAUUCCCUACUGUAUAUAACAUAUGUAGAAUGUGGAAGUGAGAAAGCGAACAUGUGUCAAACCAAAUCAUUUACAUUUAAAAUAUGGUAUCAGCUCUCAUUCACCGAGUAGUUGCUAGUUCUACUGACCAAAACUGCUCUCAGUUCCGAUUGCUUGCUUUGAUUACAUCGCGGUGGAACAGUACAUGUAAUCUGGUGUAUGACCGGGAAAGAAAAUUACGGCUGUUCAAUACAACAUAAUCCCGCAACAGACGGCCUUUUUUGAAACCUAAUAGCGGGCGGGUCUCGUGCACUCAUAUAGGGCAGACCUAAAUUCACAUGUUCCAGUCUUUAACUAGAUCCACGACCUGAAACCUCUGCAUCACAGCACCUCGCCUUCCC